GCACUUUGUACCAGCGAGCCUGCCUGAGGGUUGAUCUUGGGAGUUCCUUCCUUCUCAGCAUACCUGGCUCUCGCUUCUUUGCAAUUCACUUUUUUUCACCAUCGCACAAUUCUUUUUCUUUUUCUUCCUUCUCCAUCUCAUAAUACCAUUUCUUCUCAACCUUUUCAACUACUGCACAAUUUUCCCAGUCAUGGCGCACCCCAACAGAUCGUCUCUCCUCAGCCGUCUCUUCCCUCAAGAGCAACAUCUAAUCAACCAGUUUUCCUCUGGCGAAGAUCUUUCGUCAUCGACCCUUUUUGCCCACAUAAGCAGCCCCGGGCUGUUUUCUGUAUCCAAAGCUCCUUACUCCUCGUCCUCGUCUCGGGAAGAGCAGUUUCGUCCCAAUGACCUGUUUCGCGCAUGCUUUGCCAACUUCAGUAACGAUACGGCAAAAAGCAAGCCGCAUGAGGAAAAGGCUGCUAAAGGAGAUGCAUUGGAGCAACUGAGAGCUUUUCCAUUCACAGAAGCUUUUGCCCAAGAGGGCGUAGAGUUAUACACCUCGGUCGCCAGCAAACUAGCGGAAGCCCAGCAGGAGAUGGCGUCUCAAAUCUCCGACUUUGCCACCAUGUCGUCCUCCAUAGCAGCGGACAUGGACGAGUUGUACGCAAACUUGUCGUAUCCGCUUUCAACAACCCUGUGCCACUCAAAGAAUUUCCCUCGAGCCACCAUUGAGGUCCAUCUGGCAAACGUCAAAGAGGAUCUCAGAACGGCCGAAAGUGAGUUGCAAGGAUUAGAGCGUGAAUGGCAAGACAACGUUCAAUUGGAACAGAAGCUACGCCAGGAACUGCUCGACAUGGAAGGGAAUGCAGCACAGAACAGAGAGCAUGCCUACAAUGACGAGGACUAUCUCAAGAAAACUGGAUUCAGGCAGGAGAUUGAACAGAUCGUUUCAGAGGCUGCUCAAGCCCUGGAAGAAAUAGACGAGGGGUACAGAGAGGGGAUUCAAGCUCUGACUAUGAAGAUGAUGCAAGCCAUGCGGGCAGAUUAAGCUUCAUUUGUGGAUCCUGAGCAAUUGAGCAAAUAUUGUCUAUUUUUCUCAUUGAGCUACGCAUGUAUGUAUCUAUUUUCCCCAGUCGGCGCUUCA